AUGACAAGUCCAUUUAUGUUAACAACAACAGCUGCUACUCCUACUACUACUCAAACUACUCAUACUACUACAACAACAACAACUACUACUCCACUCAACCUUAACAGUAACACACAAAAUCUUAAUAGUAUUUUAUAUUCAGAUUCCAAUUAUAGAACUCCAUCACUUCAUACUAUGUCUCAAAAUUCACUAAAUGAAGGACAUAAUAAUUAUACUUUAGAACCACCUCCAAUAUCUAAAUUUCAUAAUGAGUUUAAAUUAGAUAAUGACAACAACAAUAAUAACAACAACAACAACAAUCUAAGUAAUAUCAGUAGUAGCACUGGUUCAUCUCCAACUUCAGGAUUAAUGAAUUAUUCCCCAAAACAUUCACGAAAAGCAAGUUCAUUAAGUCUGAAUAGAAAUAUGAAAAAUCUAUCUUUAAAUUUACAUUCUGCUUCAUCGUCAUUAUCAUCAACAUCUUCAUUUACUUCACCUCCAAAUAAAACUGGUCAUUUACCACCACCACCACCGAAAAAAGCACUUUCAAUAUCCAUACCUGAUUCUCCAACAAUGUCAAUAUCACAACGAGAUCAAUUAAAGAGACAACUAAAUAAAGCAGUAACUACAAUACCAAUAGCAAGUCAAACAUUUAUGGAUGAUGGAGCUUUAAAAACUCCCCAGGUUACUCAUACUCCGGAUUUACCGCCUGCUUUACAAUUUGCAUAUCCAACAAAACAUAAUGAUGAAAGUUUUCAAUAUCAAUUCCCGCCAGCGCUGUCGGCUCUUGAUGAUACCCCGAAUCGUAAUAAAAUAAAACCACCACCAGCAUUACCAUUCGCCAAUAACAACAAUAGAAUGUCUCCAUUAAAUACUCCACCUACAUUACAAAGCCCAUGGAACAGCAAUAAUAACGAUAAUAAUAACACGUCACCUCCCUAUGGAAUUGCAACCAAUUUAUCACACAUUUCAAUUAGCAAUGAUAAUAUAAAUACCAGUAACCUAACCUAUAAUUCCCAAAAAUUUCAAAUCCCAGAAGAAUUACAAGAAUCAACUCAAAUAGAUGCAUAUCCCAAUGGACCCAAGAAUGUUCUCAAUAAUCAAAUCUAUUUAUUUUCCGAUCCUUCAUUUGCAAAAAAUUUCGAUAUUCGACAAUAUGAUCUCAUAAUCAACGUAGCUAAAGAAUGUAAAAAUUUAUCUGAAUUAUAUGGACCCAAUAUUAUGGGACAACGGGAAUAUUUAUAUAUUCCUUGGUUACAUACCUCAUCAAUCUCACGAGAUUUGACAACCAUAACCCUGAAAAUCGAUGAAUAUUACACUCGAGGCAAGAAAAUCCUCAUUCAUUGUCAAUGUGGAGUCCUGAGAUCGGCUUGCGUUGUCGUGGCGUAUUUUAUGAGAAAAUUUCAAUUGGGUGUGAAUGAGGCUUAUGAAUUAUUAAAAACUGGGACUAAUAAUGAUUGUAGUCAUAAUGAAAUAUGUCGAGAGAUUAAACGACAAGGGAAUUUUGUGGAGGGAUGUGAUCGGAUAUGUCCGAAUAUGAGUUUGAUUUUUGAGUUGAUGGAGUUUGGAGAUGCGUUGACGAAGAAAGAGGUUAGGACUUCUACUUUGUUGAUGAAUUCUCCUUCUGCUAUGAAUCUAUAG